CUAAGCAACACAAGCUCCGAAACUUUGAAUUGUUAUGGUUCUGAUUAGUAGCGAUCGUGCUUUGUUUUUCCAUCUUCUCACAUAGACUAGGCUAUCUGUUUUCCAUUUGGAAACCUGGCUUUCAUCACAUACAAGGCUUCUUGUACGGUGGACUCCACCUGAAAUGUACAUCAUUCCCAGCGAGGGUCUAGAUGAGGCGCACUGUUUUGGGGCUAUGUGCCCUCACCCUUGCUGCUGGGAAACAGAACACCGUAUUGGCAGGGGCAUCCAUCGCCAGCUAAGGUCCCGAACAUCAGACAAGGGCAGGCCUGCAGUAGAGGUUUCCUCCGUGGAGGGGUUUCCCACCCUAAGUGUGGUGAAUGUAUCUGAAUGGGAUGAACGCAGAAAACGUCCUACGGUCAAGCUGGUCUCUGAGGCCGAUAGCAAGGAAGAUGUUCCUGCCAGUCCUCUCUUGUCUCGCCAGUCCCAGAUCCUGCAGAGGAAGCAGAAUAAGAGGGUGGAUGGACACUUUCCAGAUCUCAACUCGGUUAACCUGAAUGACAGCAACCAAAGGAAGGAAGUCAAGCUUAGAACAGCCAAUAUCAGCCAGUUGACCUCCAGUGAAUCACGUUCUCUGAUGCUGUGGAUACCUCCACAGCACACCCAAAAGAGCCUCACCCAAACCAGGUGACUGGUUGCUGUCUAGGCUGAUGUGUAUACCGUGUAAGAGACACUUGGGAUAUUCAAAAUGAUA